UACUUUGCUAAACCCCUGUCUCUAUCCCCCACCAGGUGAACAUGAUAAAGUACGAUGGCACGGUGAUCCACUUCAACAACCCCAAGGUGCAGGCCUCUCUGUCCGCCAACACGUUUGCCAUCACAGGCCAUGCAGAGAACAAACAGCUGACAGAGAUGCUCCCAGGCAUCCUCAGUCAGCUGGGGGCAGACAGCUUCACCAGCCUUCGCAAACUGGCAGAGCAGUUCCCACGCCAAGUACUUGACAACAAAGCGAUGUCGAUCAGCAAACCAGAAGAUAUUGAAGAGGAGGACGAAGUUCCAGAUCUUGUAGAAAACUUUGAUGAAGCGUCAAAGAAUGAAGCCAACUAAUGAAUCCAACUUCAGGCCCUUUUUACCCAGUACCCUCUGCCCUUCCUCAGUACCAUCUAUUCAGAACCCACUGGGUACCCCCCCCCAAUAACCUAUCUUCUACCCAGCACAGACCUCUCUAUUGUGUGGACUCAAAGUGGGAUCUGUUCAGUAAGCUGUAGCAUGACUUACAGAAUCUAUCAUGGAGAACAUAUGAGUGUCAGAGCAGUCACCAUUCCUAUUCUCUCUCAUGGCCUCAAUACACCCCAGACCUUCCCCUCUCUCUGUCAUGGCCUCAAUACACCCCAGACCUCCCUCUCUCUCUCAUGGC